AUGCCUGACGGUGGAUUCGCAGAUACUUACAGCCCACGCAAGGUCCUUGAUGACCCUUCCUUCCGCGUCCUCUCAUCUGGAGAGGCGCCUGCCCCUGAUGCAAACAUCGCGGCGUUCUAUAACCCCAACCAUGAAAUUCACCUCGUGGAAAAGCCGCGCCCGACGCCAGGGCCUGGACAAGUGCUUGUGCAUGUCCGUGCGACUGGGAUCUGCGGGAGUGACGUUCAUUUCUGGAAGCAUGGACGAGUCGGUGAUUCCAUGGUCGUGACAGAUGAGUGUGGUUCCGGGCACGAGUCUGCAGGAGAGGUCGUCGAAGUAGGUGAGGGUGUGACUCGGUGGAAAGUCGGGGACCGCGUCGCGAUCGAGGCCGGUGUGCCCUGCUCGAAACCUUCUUGUGACUAUUGCAGAGUUGGUAGAUAUAACGCUUGUCCUGAUGUUGUCUUCUUCUCCACUCCUCCAUUCCAUGGAACCCUGACUCGCUGGCACCUGCACCCUGCCGAAUGGCUGCACCGCUUGCCUGAUUCCCUUUCCUUUGAAGAAGGUUCUCUUUGCGAGCCCCUGGCUGUCGCUCUUGCAGGCAUUGAACGUGCUGGCCUCCGCCUCGGUGACCCAACUUUGAUCUGUGGCGCUGGACCAAUUGGUCUUGUUUCUCUCCUUUCUGCACGUGCUGCAGGCGCCGAGCCCAUUGUCAUUACGGAUCUUUUCCAGAGCCGCCUUGAUUUCGCAAAGAAACUCGUGCCUGGUGUACGUACGGUACUAAUCGAGCGCGGCUCGACGCCGACGGAUGCCGCUCAAAAGAUCAAAGCCGCUGCUGAUGGCACUGUGAAGCUUGCGAUCGAGUGCAGUGGUGUGGAGAGCAGUGUGCACACUGCUAUUUACUCAACGCAAUUUGGUGGAAAGGUGUUCAUCAUUGGUGUCGGCAAGAACGAACAAGUGUUCCCGUUCAUGCACCUGAGCGCCAAUGAGAUAGAUGUUAGUUUCCAAUACAGAUAUGCUAACCAGUACCCUAAAGCCAUACGCCUUGUUGCCGGCGGUCUGAUCAACUUGAAGCCUCUGGUUACGCACCGAUUCAAAUUGGAGGAUGCUGUCUCUGCCUUCCAUGUUGCUGCAGACCCCACCCAAGGCGCGAUCAAGGUGCAAAUUCAAGACUAG